AAAAUGGCUCAAUAUCCAAAAGGUGUAUUGGAGUUGUUUCCGGACAACCACAGGAAGCCUUUUGCUCCAACAGCUGAGUCUCCAAUUCUGGAUGAACCGUGGAGGGAACUACAAUGGGGAAAAAAACAGGAGGAUCUUCGGUAUGUGCAGGAAUACAAGCCUGCACAAGAUGACAUCAAGUACCUUCGAGUCCUCCUGUACGGACCUGUUGGAGCUGGGAAGUCCAGUUUCAUCAACUCUGUCAGUAACGUCAUUAGAGGACGGAUGUCAAAUAUUGCUUUGGCCAGUGCGAUGACCUCUGACAUAAGCUUUACCCGAAAGUAUGAAACUCAUAAAUUCAUUAAAGGACGAGGAAGCUCAAAGACGUUUUACCCUGUUGUCUUCAACGACAUCAUGGGUUUGGAAGAGGGGGACAACAGAGGAGUUCAUGAAAAUGACAUCAAUCUGGCUUUACGAGGACACGUGAAGGAAGGUUACAAGUUCAACCCAGUUUCUCCACUAACUGAAGGUGACCCGGGCUACAACCCGACACCCUCCGCUGAUGACAAAGUCCAUGUGCUGGUCUGUGUGAUGUCUAUAAAUGCUUCACAGAUUAAAUCAUCAGUUCUGGAGAAGAUGAAGAACGUCAGAGAAAAAGCCAGUGAACUGGGAAUUCCUCAAAUGGCCAUGAUGACGCACAUCGAUGAAGUUUGUGGUGAAAUCGAGAAAGACCUGAGAAACGUGUACAAGAGCAAACACCUGAGGAAAAAGAUGAAAGACUUCAGUGCAGCAGUUGGAAUCCCAAUGAACUGCAUCUUUCCUGUGAAGAACUAUAGCGAAGAAAUUGACCUGAAAGAUGAUAUCGAUACUCUGAUCCUGUGCGCUCUGCGGAAAAUGAUCGACUUUGGAGACGAUUUUAUUGAAAAAUUUUAAACAGAGACUUAGAGGAAACACUGAGGUGAAACAGGUGCACUUACAUAUACUUUAUAUCCACAGGACACAGCUACAGCUUCAUUAAGUUCUGUUAAAUUAGGUCUUUUCAAGUUUGGACUCCAGUUCUGGACUUAAGAGGUAAAAAGAACUCAGCAUAAAGCAGAAAAAGACGUUAAAGACUGUUUAUUGUAGUCAUUUCUAGUCAUUUUUCCACAUGAAGCACUUGCAAUGACACUGUGUUCAAAGGAGCUGUACAAAUAAACUCGCUUUGCCUUUUCCUAUUAAUAGUACAUUAAAUAAGUAGUUGCUACAUUAUGUAAUGUAAUGUUAAGCAUAUCUGGGAUGUUCGGUUAAUUGGAAUGUUUUUAUGUUAGAGGAAGUUUGAAUAAACCUCAUCAAUCAAACUCA